AGACAGCCUGGGGUAGCCUGAGUUUCCUCUGCCUGCCCUGACUCACGGAGGCCUCAGAAACAAAGGACCUAAGCGGGGAUACUCCAUCUACCAGCUGGACACCUCCUUUGCAGCCAGCCCCCACUCCCUCGCUGCAACUGCCCAGGGAAGAUCUGGAGGAAGAGGCCAGGGAAACAGCCCUGCCCACUCUCCCCAGUCCCUCCAUCCACCAGUGCCUGCAUCUGGAGACUCUAUGGCCCGGGCUCGUUGGGGCUGCGGCCCCUGGCUUGUCUUCCUCUGUGCUUGUGCCUGGGGCCACCCAAGGCCAGCGGCCCUUGGAAGAGAGGAUGUGAGAAACUGUUCCACCAGCCCUCCGUACCUGCCCGUUACAGCAGUCAAUACCACAGCGCGGCUCGCAGCCCUCCGUCAGCAGAUGCAAGCCAAGAACCUCGCUGCCUACAUCGUCCCAGACACGGAUGCCCACUUGAGUGAGUACGUCGGCAAACAUGACGAGAGGCGUGCAUGGAUUACAGGCUUUACAGGGUCUGCAGGAAUUGCAGUGGUGACCCUGGCGAAAGCAGCUCUCUGGACUGACAGUCGCUACUGGACUCAGGCUGAGCGACAGAUGGACUGCAACUGGGAGCUCCGUGAGGAAGUCGGCACCACUCCCAUUGUCACCUGGCUCCUCACUGAGAUUCCUGCUGGAAGACGUGUGGGCUUCGACCCCUUCCUCUUCUCCGUGGGCUCCUGGGAGAGUUAUGAUCUGGGCCUCCAAGGUUCCAACAGACAGCUAGUGUCCAUGACAGAAAACCUUGUGGACCUGGUGUGGGGAGCAGAGAGGCCUCCUGUUCCAAGCCAGCCAAUUUAUGCCCUGCAUGAGGCAUUCACAGGAAGCACCUGGCAGGAGAAAGUCGCUGGCACCCGAAGCCAGAUGCAGAAGCAUCGCAAGGCCCCAACAGCUGUCCUUCUGUCGGCACUUGAUGAGACAGCCUGGCUCUUCAACCUGCGCAGCAAUGACAUCCCCUACAACCCCUUCUUCUAUUCCUACGUGCUGCUCACUGACUCCACCAUCAGGUUAUUUGCAAACAAGAGUCGCUUCAGUUCUGACACGCUGAAGUACCUGAACUCCAGUUGCACAGGAGCCAUGUGUGUGCAAAUUGAGGACUAUGAGCAAGUCCGGGACAGCGUCCAAGCCUAUGCCUCAGGAGCAGUGAGGAUCUGGAUUGGGACCAGCUAUACUACUUAUGGGCUCUAUGAAGUGAUACCCAAGGAGAAACUUGUGACAGACACCUACUCCCCAGUGAUGGUGACCAAGGCGGUAAAAAACAGCAAGGAGCAGGUCCUCCUCAAGGCCAGCCAUGUGCGGGAUGCUGUGGCUGUGAUCCGGUACUUGGUCUGGCUGGAGAAGAAUGUGCCCAAAGGCACAGUGGAUGAGUUCUCAGGGGCAGAGCUUGUGGACAAGUUCCGAGGAGAAGAAGAAUUCUCCUCUGGACCCAGUUUUGAAACCAUCUCUGCCAGUGGCCUGAAUGCUGCCCUGGCCCACUACAGCCCAACCAAGGAGUUGCACCGCAAGCUGUCCUCGGAUGAGAUGUACCUGCUGGACUCCGGGGGACAAUACUGGGACGGAACUACGGAUAUCACCAGAACAGUCCACUGGGGCACCCCCUCCGCUUUCCAAAAGGAAGCGUAUACCCGAGUGCUGAUGGGAAACAUUGAUCUGUCCAGACUCAUCUUUCCUUCUGAUACCUCAGGGCAAGUGAUGGAGGUCUUUGCCCGCAGAGCAUUGUGGGAUGUUGGGCUCAAUUAUGGCCACGGAACAGGUCAUGGUAUUGGCAACUUCCUGUGUGUGCAUGAGUGGCCGGUCGGAUUCCAGUCCAACAACAUUGCCAUGGCCAAGGGCAUGUUCACUUCCAUUGAACCUGGUUACUAUCAGGAUGGAGAAUUUGGGAUCCGUCUUGAAGAUGUGGCCCUCGUGGUAGAAGCAAAGACCAAGUACCCAGGAACCUACCUGACCUUUGAAGUGGUGUCCUUGGUACCCUAUGACCGGAACCUCAUUGAUGUCAGCCUGUUGUCCCCUGAGCAGCUCCAGUACCUGAACAACUACUACAAGGCCAUCCGUGAGAAGGUGGGCCCAGAGCUUCAGAGGCGCCAGAUGCUGGAGGAGUUCAGGUGGCUGCAGCAGCACACAGAGCCCCUGGCCGCCAGUGCCCCACACACCACCUCCUUGGCCGCUGUGUUGGCAGCCUCCACUCUUGCCACCCUCGCCUGUAAUGUCUAG